UGAUAGACUAUAAUUCAAAAAAGGGAAUCAAAAUUAACGAAUCGUAUUUUUUAAAAAAGAGGUUCCGUGUGCUUGUUGUUUGCAACUUUAUUUGGAUGAUUUGUUUGGUGAAGAAUUGGUGAAGCAAUUUAAAGUUGUUUUCUUGUUUACGUAUUUGUUAGUGGUUGCUACAUUUGCUAAGAAUAUAUUAUUAUUGUUUUCUAAUGAUUGUACUUUUAUGAAAAGGCUCUGCAAAGAAUAUUUAGUUUCUGAUAGUGCUAUAGAAUGGAUAUUCAAAAGCAAGUUCGAGAUAAUGCUGAGGACCUUCAAAAUUUUUUAUUGGACUUGAAUGCAUGGGAAAUAGAGAUGCGUAAAAAAGAGGAAGAGUUUAAAGUUUCUCAAGUUUCAGAAACUCAGGAUUUUCCACCUAUAAGAAAUUCAUUAUCGAGGUCUAAAAAGAAAAACAGACAUAAAAAGCAAAGAGACAAAAAGGACCCUUCUAGUGCACAACGCAUACGAAGUGAUGAUUAUCAAGCUUGGGAUAAAUUUGAUGUGGACAAAGAAGUUAAGAAAAUUGAAGGAGAUGUUAAUGAAGAAAACGAUCAAUUGAGUCCUUCUGAUAACAGCGAAAAUGAAGAAGAAGUUAACAAAAAGAAACAAUUGGCCAUUCUUAACAAAGAUAAGGGCAAUGAUUUUUUCAAAAAAGGAAACUAUGACUCAGCUAUUAAUUGCUACACUACUGGUAUGCAGUUAGAUCCAGAAAAUCCUUUGCUUUCUGCUAAUCGUGCUAUGGCAUUCAUAAAGAAAGAGCAAUUCCAAGCUGCUGAGAAUGAUUGUACACUCUGCCUUUCCAUUGAUCCAACGUAUGUCAAAGCAUAUUUGAGGCGUGGGACAGCAAGAAGCAAAUUAGGGAAACACUCAUUAGCAAAAGUAGAUUUUGCUAAGGUUUUAGAACUAGAACCUGAGAACAAACAAGCACAAGCAGAGUUGGAGAAGUUAAAGCAGAAUUGUGAUUUAUCUGAAGUUAGUUUACAUCAAGAAAAUGAAGUUGUGAAGUCUCAAGAAUUUUGGCCAACAUUUUUAGGUAAUAAAGCAGUUGAACCUCCAGAUGAGAAAAUGGAUGCAGAAAAAGUUGUCUUACCUACUGACAGUGAAAUCCAGUGUAUUUUACCUGACUCGAAAGUAUUACCAAUUAAAAAAUCAUCAUCUAAUAUUGAUAAGGAUACCUUUGAAAAAGUUUGUGUAGCUAGUAUGAAUGAAAAAGCUUUCAUCAAAAAAGUUAAUGUUCUCAAAGCUGAAGAUGAAAAAAGUGUUCUUAACAUUCCUACUUUGAUUCAACAAACUUUGCCUCCUGUUCCACCAUCGUACUAUCAAUUUGCGAUGCACUGGAGAAAUAUUCGUGAUAAUCCAGUUCUGAGAUAUCAGUAUUUAAAG